GCUUUACUAUAGAAAGCUUAAUUUAAACUUACAUAAUUAUUUUUAGUUAGCAUCUUGCUCUAAAUUUUGAUAGCCUUUAAGCCAUACUCUGAAAUUGUAAGAGUUAAGGUAAGGCAUGACAAGUUUGGGAUGGAAGGGUAGUGUGAGAGAACAGGGGGGUUGUUUGUUUGAUUGGUUUGGUGGGGGUGUUUGUUGGUUAGUUGGACAGUUUUGUUUUGUUUUGUUGUGGUUCCCCCCUCCAUGUUCUUUAUAAUACCUUCUCUUGGUGGGUGGAAAAUGGAAAGAAUGCUUCAAGAUUUCUGCUGUUCUCCGCUGUGUAAAAGUGUUUUAAAUGCUUCUAAAAUAGUAAUUACAUUGGAAAGUAGGAUUUCUUUUGAAAAAUGCAAGUAAUUUAAAUGGUAGGCAGAACUUUAGAUAAGUUAAACAGUUUUAUCAGUAUGGAUGAAAUACAUGGACUGACUGAUGCCUGGCUCAGAUGGAUAAUCUUAAAUUGUUGAUAGUUGUUCAGUGUCUGGGUUUAUAUGAUACUGGAGUAAUGGGGGAGGAGGAGAGAUUCUUUGCAUGUCUCUUUGGUUUGUUAAUCUUCCUGAGAGGAAAGAGGGUAACAAGGAUUAAAAAUUCUCCUCAGUGCUUGCUUUGAAUGCUUCUAGCUGUGCAUUUUAUCCAGAGAAUCAGUAACUAAAGCUACAAACUUUAGAUUUUGUGUUUGUCUACGAUUUUGGCUCCAAGUUCCAAUUCUUGGUGAAGCAUUAGUCCCAUUUAGUCCCAUUUCCUGGUAUGUAUUUGAGGAAACUGCUACAUCUUACUCUGAAGGAGCACACUGUUGGGUUUUUUUGUGUUUUGGGGAGAGGUGUUUCCUGGGAAAAGUGUUGUUGGCAGAUGCAGGAUUUGUUCUGAAAGGGAAGUCUGAUUUGAAGACUAUUACAAAACUCUUUUCCUGCAGGCUCUAGUAAAUCUAGGUAGUUUGACAUGGGGAUAGUGAAUUAGCUGCCUACAAAUUUGUAAGGGUGACUGGUCAGCUGCAUAAUGAAACCGAAGGCAUUAAGUUAGGUACUGUUUUGAGGGAAGCUGGUGGGAUGAGGAGCUGAGUUUAAGCUGAGUCUCAUCUGUGGCUCUUAAAUGAUUGAGGAUCUUUAGAACAGAAAGAUAAGAAAAUGCUGAGGAUCCAAAGUGCAAUUUUAGUCUCUUCUCUCCCUACACAACAUCUAGUUUCUGUGGUAAGAACAGAGUUAAGAUGCAAAUGCAUAGGUUGCUUUAAGACUAGUACAAAACUGAGGUAUUUUAGUUCUUUGGGGUAAUAGAGUUGUCUGGUUUAUGUUAAAGAUGACAUACUAAGAAUAUUGAAUAUUUUGGUCAUAUGUAUUGCAGAAUGGAUAUAAAUAGUUAAUGAAGAAAAUUGGGUUGAUUUGUGGUGUGGACUAAUAUGCAGUUUGCUAAUUGUUUAAUUAGAGUGGGAAUAUAGAGGAGAAUUUUUCUUUAAAAUCUCUUUGUGACUCCUUGAAGCUCUGAAUCCCUUAAUCCUUGCCUAUAGUCUUGCUAGUAAUAUAAAUAUUACUAGGUACUUUUUCAGCAUCAUCUUUAAGUCCUUAAACUUUUGCAGGUUACUGUGGUUCCUUUAGUCUCCUUUAGAAGCAUUGUAGGAGUUGUAACUAGGUGAACUAUGUUGCAUCAGAAGAUGAGAUAUAAUUGCUUGCCAGUGACAAUGUGCAACUGCUAUCAGGUAAUCUCCGUACAUCUGCAGUUACUUGGUUGAGAAAGUUUGAAAUCUCUUAGAAUUUACAUGGUCCCCUCUGUCAUUGCAGUUUUCACGUUGUAUAUUUGUGAAUACAGCCCCUAAGGGUCUUAAACAGAUACUUCCAAAAGGACUUAACCUAUAUGAAAUGUUGUAAUGUUUGCUUUUGUCAAAUUUAUACAGAUUUGGUGUCAUAGCUGAUAUUAUUGAAGACUCCAUGGGUGGUAUUAUAAGAGGCUUCAAGUUGAGUAGCUAAGAACACUAAGCUGACUUCUACAUUGUAUAGGAGCAAUUGGGUCCAUGAUAUUUUUGGAACCUCCCAAUACUUUUAGAUUGUGCAGGAUCAGGGGGUGGGAUGGGGGGUUGCCUUUGUUCAAGUUUCCAGAGUUCUUGUUCAAGAAUUGAUCUUUCAGAUGUAAAAAGUGUGGACAGUGCAGUAUCCUUAUGAAGAAGGAGUCUCUGGGGAGGGUGAAUUCUUUGUCUUUUUAUUGAAGGGUGUUUUCUAAAUCUGAUGUCACUUUGAAUGUUCUUCUUUAUUACUGAUUGUUUUUACUAGAGAGAGAAAUACAAAUAGUUCCCAGAGAAAUUGGCAAUUGUUGCGAGGGAUGAGUUAUAAAGAGAAAAAUUUAGGAGGCUGUCAAACAUUGUAAAGUACAAAGGGGUGAGGUGAUAAAAAAAUCAUGUUAGUGGUUAUAAGAGAAUUUUUUCUUUAUUGCAAACAGUGGAUUUCUAAUGUCAAAACACCAAAUCAAAUUUAGUAGUAUUUAAAGGCAUGUAUAUAAUUUAUUUCAGUGAGGUCCUGUAGUUAGCUCAGUACCUAGCCAUCUUCAGAAGGGUAACCUGUUAUGCAGACCCGAUUAUAUGUCACAGCCAAGCUUUGAAUUUGGCUUUCAUUGUUAAAGUUUGGCAGUCCUAUCAUCCUAGUAGGUGACAUUCUCCAUGAGUCCUUUGUCUUUUUUAUUGAGGUGAAGGGGAAUGGUAGUGUGGUUGUAAUAGUUGUUAAUAAGGAGCCUCUCAGGUUCCAUUUCUGGUGAGUUUACUAUCUUGAAAUAUGAGGACAGCAUCCUUUGAAAAAGAACUCCAGUCCAAAGUAGUGAAGAAUUUUAACUGCAAAAGAAAAUGCAAAUCUGGAUAUAGGUGGAGUAAGAAAGAUAAAAAAAAAUGUGAGGACAGUCAGGAGGAAAGAUAAUGCAAAUAAACAUGAAAUGUAACAUAUUUGGGAGGGGAAUUUGCUGUGCUUUUUUUUAUUAUUUUGUGAAGUUACAAAUGUAUAUAGCACAUUAUUCUGUAGAAAUUUUUAUAGCUAAGUUCCCUAGGAAUGCUGUACACUGUAAAAUGUGAGGAAAUCCUAACCUGCUCUUUGUUUGCUUGUUUUCCUAGUUUUUCUCUUGUGUGCCUUACCAUGCAAGAAAAAAACCCCUCCUGUUUUUACUUCUAUUGGAUUGCUUUAACUAUACAAUUCUACAUCUUAGUUUAUGGAUUAUAUAAGGAAAACAGGAUAACAAUGAGGAAGAAAAUAUAGGAAGAAUGAUAAUUUAUGUUGCUUAUACCUAUGUGCAUGUGUUAUGCAAGUUAAUGUUCGUGAAGAAAUUGAAGAGUUUUUUCCAAGAAUGUGGAAGAUAAAUCAAGAUAAAAGAAGGCUAAUGAAAAGUAUUAAAGAUCAGAAAAUUAAAAUUGAAUGGGGGAAAAAAUUGAACAGAAGAUUGGUCAGAUAGAAGCACUUGAAUAUUUUUUUAAGGCUAUAAUGAAUUGUUUGAAUUGGGGAAGAAUACACGAAGUAUGAAAAAUGAAAAACUCAAUGAAGAAUGAAGAAAAGUAGAAAGCAAGAGUGAAGUAGAAUUAAAAGAAUCUGGAAGAAUGAAUGGGUCCUAGGUUAAGUAAAUGUAUGGUUUAUGUUCCAGUGUCUGUAUGAUCAAGUUGUAGAUGAAUUUGCAUGAUUACUUAGUUAAUAGAGAAUCGGUGAUCUGGUUCAAGCAGGGACCUAUUUGAGGCAAGCAUACAAUAUUAACAGUGGGUUAGCAAAAUGAAAUUUAUUUUGGAGGGUAUUGCCUAACCAUUUGUUUUUCAGGAGCAAUCAAUAUAAUAGAAUUACUGUACUUAAAAUGUUAGGAGUUAGGCAUUUACACAACCAAUACCAUUUUUAAUACUGUCUUUUUUGUUAGGAGUCUCGCUCCCAGUCAAAAUCUCCAGCUGGGAGUCCUGCUCGUGUAAAAUCAGAGAGCAGGUCAGGAUCUCGCAGUCCAUCGAGGGCUUCCAAACACUCUGAAUCGCACUCAAGGUCAAGAUCAAAAUCAAGAUCCAGGUCCAGAAGACAUUCGCACAGACGUUACACUCGCUCCAGAUCCCAUUCUCAUUCCCAUAGGAGACGUUCUCGAAGCAGAUCAUACACACCAGAAUACCGACGUCGAAGGAGCCGUAGUCAUUCUCCAAUGUCCAACAGGAGAAGGCACACUGGCAGCAGAGCUAAUCCAGAUCCUAAUACCUGUCUUGGAGUGUUUGGUCUCAGUUUGUACACAACUGAGAGAGAUUUACGUGAAGUCUUCUCCCGUUACGGACCUUUGACUGGUGUCAAUGUGGUUUAUGAUCAACGGACUGGGCGAUCAAGAGGAUUUGCUUUCGUUUAUUUUGAGAGAAUUGAUGAUUCUAAAGAGGCGAUGGAGCAUGCAAAUGGAAUGGAGCUGGAUGGCAGGAGGAUUCGAGUGGAUUACUCAAUCACCAAGAGAGCUCAUACACCCACCCCAGGCAUCUACAUGGGCAGACCAACACACAGUGGAGGAGGUGGUGGCGGUGGAGCGGGUCGUCGCCGAGACUCAUAUUAUGAUAGGGGGUAUGACAGAGGAUAUGACAGAUAUGAAGAAUAUGACUACAGAUACAGGAGACGAUCACCAUCGCCUUAUUAUAGUCGAUACCGAUCGCGAUCAAGAUCCCGUUCCUAUAGUCCAAGGCGCUACUGAAUAUCAGAAGAGUUACAGUUGAGGACUUGAUUUUUAAAUACAAAGUUCAGAUCUUUAGCUUUUCCCUUCCAUCUUCCCUUUCUUGUCCUCCUUCCAGCUCUUUCACAAGUCUUUGGUUCAUUUAGAAUAUACAUAUUUUCAGUUGAAGUAUUCCUAUUUUCCAUCCCUUCUUAUUGUAAUACUCUUAAAUAUUGUAAUUGUUGUAGUUUUUGUGUAGUAAAACAUUUCAAGCAAAAAAAUUAGAGAACCCCAAAGUGCUGAUACAUUUUGGAAGUCAUUCCUAUUUCGUUUCUAAAACAGUUGGACUCCUGACUAAUCAGAAGAGAGCAUUGAUAUUUUUAAAGCUUGCAUGUCAUAUGUAGUAUACACACACUCGGAUACUUUAACAUAAACUUGCAUUUCCAAGUAACUUGUUAAUCUUUCUGUUAAAAUGUUUACCUAUUACUUUGAUAAACAAGUAAUGACUUUGAGCCUUUUCUGUAAUGAUAAAUUUGCUUAGAUAGUCAUGAACCAGAGGAUUUUUUUAAUUUUUCUUUUUUUUGUGUCAAGUAGUUGCUUUGAGAGUAGACUAUUUGAGCUAGAUCAGAAUUUGGUAUUUGGCUGACUGAGAGAGUAGAUCCUUGUACACUCAAAAUUAAGUCUGUGUGUUUUAUAGAAAAAAGUUUAUGGAUUGCUACACAGUGGAUAACAGUUGAAAUUAAAGUUGUUAAAUUCCUGGGGUCUUUGUGGUACUUGGUUGAAUAUUUCCUUUUAAUUGGUGCAGCAGAAAGAAUAUUUAUUGAACAUAGCAAUUAGUUAUAUAAUUUGCUGUUCAUGAAAGAUAAAAUCACCAACUUUUUGGUAUUGAAAUUAUGAUGGAGAAGUUUUGUUUCCAGUCCUUUUUGAACUUUUGGAAGUAUGAAUGGAAAAACCUACGGCUACAUGUAAAUCUUUUUUUUUUUCCCCUCAAUAAAAGUUAAGUCCACUGAUAA